CAGGGCGUCUCCUCCCCGGGGCGGAAGCCCUGGGAGCGCAUCCCAGGCGAGCGCGGACCCGGGUGUUCCCUAGCGGAGCAGCCUGAGAGCUGAAGGCUCAGAGACCAGUCCUCCGGCCUCCGGAGGCUCCGGGCGGGAUCUGCCUUUCUGACAGCUGCAAAAGCGGCAGAACCUGGUGGUUGGGUUUUCUUGCCACCCUUGGGCUGGCUCCCAAGACCCAAGGAUCUGCAGGAGGGACUUGAGCCGCGGCGCUAGGAUGGGAAACAGUGCUAUCCGUGCUCAUGUGGAAACGGCGCAGAAGACAGGUGUCUUCCAGCUUAAGGAGCGCGGGCUGACCGAGUUCCCUCCCGAGUUGCAGAAGCUGACGAGCAAUCUCAGGACCAUCGACCUGUCCAACAACAAGAUCGAGAGCCUACCGCCUAUGAUUAUAGGAAAGUUCACUCUGCUGAAGAGUCUCACCUUAAACAACAACAAACUAACUGUUAUUCCUGAUGAGUUAUGCAAUCUGAAAAAACUGGAGACACUAAGCUUAAAUAAUAAUCACCUGCGAGAGCUUCCAUCUACUUUUGGGCAACUUUCUGCACUCAAGACCCUGAGCCUCUCUGGGAACCAGCUGGGAGUCCUACCACCCCAACUUUGUAGCCUGCGGCACCUGGACGUGCUGGAUCUCUCCAAGAACCAGAUUCGAAGCAUACCUGACAUAGUAGGGGACCUGCAAGUCAUGGAACUCAACCUCAACCAGAACCAGAUAUCUCAGAUCUCAGUAAAGAUAUCUUGCUGUCCUCGCCUUAAAGUUCUUCGCCUGGAAGAGAACUGUCUUGAGCUCAGCAUGCUUCCACAAAGCAUCCUCAGUGAUUCCCAGAUCUGUCUGCUUGCUGUGGAAGGCAACCUUUUUGAGAUAAAGAAACUUCGAGAGCUAGAAGGGUAUGACAAGUAUAUGGAGAGAUUUACGGCUACCAAGAAGAAGUUUGCAUGAUAUUCUUCAGGAAUAUGGAACCUUCUAGGAUAUUGAAUUAGAACCUGCUGCAGUCUGGCUGAAUCAAAGACUGUUGCUGUCAAGGAUAUCUGCAGUAAGGAUGUGACCCCCAGGAGAUUCUAUCACUCAGUGAUCUUUUUCCUUUCCAAGGCUUAUGUCAAAUAAGCUAAGACGAAUCAAGAGAUGGAAAGAGCCCUCCCUCCAUUUUGAGUCAUGGAUAGAGUGAUGGACAAUGUUGAUCUUCCAAAUCAUCAUUAACUUUGACUUUAAGAAACCAGUAGUUUGUUGCUAUUUAUCCAGUGAGGGGAUGCUGCCUGGUAACAGAAUAGCUCUACCACAGCUUGAAAUUUCAUGUUUAGUUUCCCUGUGUGAGCGUUCAUAAAAUCAGUUGUCAUUCCA